AUGUCGCCUCCAAAGGACGCCAAUACGAAUCCUCCCAAAGACAUCUCUAGCACAUCAAAUCCAGCUCCACCGCCUCAAAGCUCCCACUCCAGCAAUCCCUCCGUCAUCAAAGGCGCCUCCCUGCUCAUCAUCCUCCAAGUCGCCUCUCGCCUCAUCACCUUCAUCGCCAACCAGCUUCUCCUGCGCUUCCUCACCGCCCCUCUACUAGCUCUCUCCACACAGCUGGAAGUCUACUAUCUCUCCAUUCUCUUCUUCGCCCGCGAGAGCCUGCGAGUGGCCAUCCAGCGCCAGGGCAUCGCGGGAGCGGCAAACACCGAGGAUGGCGCUCAAACAGACGAUGCUGCCGUUGCACGGAGGGAAGGACAGGCGGUGGUGAAUCUCGGGUAUCUCGCCGUUGGACUGGGCAGCGUCGUCAGCGUGACCUUGGGAUGGAUGUAUCUCGCGUCUGCUUCCGUGACGACUCUCCAGACGCCCUGGUUGGUCGAGUCGCUUUGGCUCUAUGGCAUCGCCGCCAUGGUUGAGCUCCUGUCUGAGCCUUGCUUCGUCUUGAUGCAAACGCGCCUGCAAUUCGGCACUCGCGCGACAGCUGAAUCCGUCGCCACUUUUCUUCGUUGCAUCGUUGUUUUUGGUUCUGCCGUUUGGGCCUCUCGGAAGGGCUUGGAUAUCGGUGUGCUCCCUUUUGCCCUUGGCCAGCUGUCAUAUGGCGCCUCUCUUCUCCUGGUCUACUUCGCCUCCGGAUACCGUCUUGCGACCAGCUCUGGAUUCUCACUUUUCCCCAAGCGACUCAAUUCCAGCAAAAUCGUUGUCUUUGUGUUAUCCUACUUUUACAAGCCAACUGUCAGCCUUGCGGGAAGUAUGAUGGCCCAAAGCUUUGUGAAGCAUCUCCUUACCCAAGGCGACACCUUUCUUAUUUCGCUCUUCUCGACUCCCGAGGUUCAGGGUGUGUAUGCCUUGGCGAAUAACUACGGCAGUCUUCUCGCCCGCUUGCUCUUUCAACCCGUUGAGGAGAGCAGCCGUAGUUACUUUUCCCGCCUCUUAUCCUCGCCCAUUGGACCAUUCGCAGCCCCUGCACUUCUCUCCAUCGUGGUAGGCAGCCGUUGGGCGGGUUCAGGAGCUGGCCAAGUUUUGGGAACGUAUUGCUUCUACAUACCUUUCAUGGGGCUCAACGGAAUCACAGAGGCAUUUGUUGCUUCUGUCGCUACCGAGACUCAAGUGCAUCGCCAGUCGUUUUGGAUGGGCAUCUUCUCAGCCGUCUUUGCAGCGUCUGCUUUUGUUCUGAUGAGCGUCUUUCAACUAGGCGCUCAAGGCUUAGUCUAUGCCAAUAGCAUCAACAUGCUGUGUCGAAUCAUCUGGAGUGGCGCCUUCAUUGUCAGCUUCUUCAAAUCUCACGGCGUCGAUUUUGCACCCGCAUCGCUAUUCCCGACCACUACAAUCGCCGUUUCUCUAUCAACACUGGGACUUUUACGAUUCCUAAACGUUCAAGACGAUGGCGAACAACGACCACUCGCAACGUUGAUCAAGAUUGCUGGCUCUGCCAUUCCAUUACUACUUCUAAUUGUGUUUCUAGAGCGCAAGUUUCUUCUCGAAUGCUUCCAGUCUAUCCGAGGCCGCAAAGCAAGCAAACGCGAGUAA